AUGCAGCCCUCCAAAGUGCUGCCUUACUACUUCAAAGCAGAGCGGAGAUUCGAUCUGGAGGCGGUCACCAUCACGACCCUGAUCACCUACGACCGAUAUCCAGUCUUCAGCAAACUCGUCACCAACUACCAGGGACCCAUCUCUGUCAGCAUUCACAUCAACGACGACGAGAACCGGGACGAGAACCUGUCGAGGCUGCAUGACAUGUACAGUUCGAACCCGUCUAUGAAGGAGUUUGUGGAUGUGCAUGUCAUUGUCGACAAGUUUGAUCGGCAGUUCAACAUGUGGCGCAAUGUGGCCAGGUUCUUUGCUCGGACCAAUUACUUUAUGAUGCUUGAUGUCGAUUUUCACAUCUGCACAAACCUGCAGCACCACCUGUCGCUUGACCCGGAAGCACGCCGGCUUAUGAGAGAAGGGAACGCGGUUCUUUUGCCCGCUUUCGAAUAUAGAAAACAAGAAGAUGGUGUCGACUCGAGGACCUUCCCCAAGGAUAAAGCAGCGGCGAUCCAGCUGGUACGGGACAACAAGCUGGCGAUCUUCCACGAUUUCUUCGCCAGGGGACACAAUGCGACGGACUAUGAGCGCUGGUACAAGACCGAGUCAGCGUACAAGGUCACGACGUACCAGCACUCGUACGAGCCUUAUGUGAUCCUGAAGAAGGAAGGGACGCCGUGGUGCGACGAGCGAUUCGUGGGCUAUGGGGCCAACAAGGCCGCCUGCCUGUUUGAGAUUUACAUUUCCGGGAUCGACUACUACGUGCUCCCUCACGACUUUUUGAUCCACCAGUCGCACCCAUACAAGGAAGAGACCAGGAAACAGGAGCGCAAGUACAACCGCAAGCUGUACCAGAACUUCCAGGAGGAGGCCUGCUUGCGGUACUCGCGGGACUUUGUCCUGGCCCAGCAAUGGAAUACGCCAAAAGCAGACAACGUGAAGGAGCAAUGCAACAGGAUCAAAGGGUUCAAGCAAGCCAUGGCACAGUUCAGCUAG